AAGCUUAAUAGGCUUCUGUCGUCUGCUGCAACGCACAUGACUUGAGCACAAAUGUUAACCCUGAAAUUUAGUUGUUCACUCAGACUAUGGAAAUAAUUUCUUUCCUGCUGGUUAUAAUUUUGUUUAACACUAAAGGGAGCCUCGCUCGGUGUUUACCUGCUUGCAGCUGCGUCGAUGACCGUCAUGGAAGGUCACUCGUCUGUAUGGAGGAUGGUGCGUUUGGCGCCAUACCAGAGAACCUUCCAGGUGAUCUGACUAAGAUACGAAUCGAAAAAUCUCACUUCACUGAAAUUCCCAGAGGUGCUUUCUCAAUAACGAAACUUUUGGAGAAUUUGUGGCUAAACUUCAACGACAUCACAGUGAUCAACUCAAAAGGUUUGGAGGGUUUGGGGAAUCUGUCCGAGCUCCGCUUGCAAGGGAACAAGCUGCGUUCAGUACCAUGGACAGCGUUCGAGGACACGCCGGUUCUCAAGAUCCUGGACCUCAAGCACAAUCAGCUGGACGUCCUGCCGGAACAUGCCUUAAAGUUUUUACCUGGUCUGACGUAUUUAGACUUGUCUUUCAAUCGUCUCACGGUUAUUUCAAAGGAGGUCUUUCAAAACUGGCCUCUCUACCAAAAACUACAGAACAUGGAAGAGCGCGAGGCGAUGGCGUCCGGACCGAACGUGGUUCUAGCACUGCACGACAACGCCUGGCUCUGCGACUGCCGACUGAAAGGCUUCGUGGAGUUUAUCUUAUCUUUAAGCCCCCCAAUAAUUCUGAUGAACUCCUACUUGACUUGCUCAGGGCCGGACUUUAAAGCCGGGAAGUUCUUCCAUGAAAUCGAAUUACAGGCGUGCGUGAAGCCCGCCGUGACCACCACGACAGCGAACGUGAGCCGGCCGCUGGGCUCGAACGUCACCCUGCAGUGUGUGGCCAAGGCCAGGCCUGACCCUGCCGUGUGGUGGACAUAUGGCCUCAAGAUAAUCAGAGGAUUUCCUGAAUCUCAGGAAAGAGUAGCUGAGGAUACCAUCAAAUCCAUCCUGGUGAUCCCUUCUGUCCGCAUGGCAGAUCAUGGUGUCUACACCUGCACUGCAGUUAACUUCAUAGGAAACUCCUCAGCCAAUGUUCUUCUGGAUGUCCAGUCUGCGGUCAGCUCACAGUCCCCUCAUCUUCCAGGCUUCCCAGGUGCACCAAGUGCUGGUGAUGAAAACGUCUUCAUUGACAUCCGAAUCAACAAGCAGACAGUUCGUGGGAUCUCCAUUGAGUGGUUUGCUGCUCUCGAGCACCCGUCUGAAACUUGGUUCACCAUCCACUUUGGCCGAUCAGGCACUGCUAAGAAAGAAACCACCUACAUUGGACCUGGGAUCCACUCCUACUCUGUCUCUGACCUGAUGCCUGCCACCAAAUAUGAAAUCUGUGUCACCCUCAAGAACCAGGUGCCACGCCCGGGCCAGUGCAUUGUAUUUGUGACAGGGAGUGACAUCACAGAGAUGGAGCAGAGGGAGAAGCUUAUCCACAUUGUGGUUGUAGUUUUAGCCAUGGUUCUGGCUGUGCCCAUCGGCAUGUAUGCCUGCACCACUGACACCAAGUUUGCCUGUCUGGAGGUUAUCAUGAAAACCUGGAAGAACCGUCAAAGAGAAAGCAGCUCAUCUGGAGCGGAGCACGACAGGCAGGGCACUUUCGAUAGUCUGCAGGCUGCCAGUGAUGAGGGUCUGGUCAAUAAAGAUUCCAGCGAAGAGAGGAAGGUGAGGAGGAGGUCGGAAGACUGGCAUCAUAAAGGAAAAUCUGAACACAGUAGAGUCACAGCAGGACUAUAUUAGACAGCUUUUUGGGAUUAAAACACAGAAAUAACCAUUUCUAAAAAAUUCUUUAGGGUACUGAAGAGUAAUGUUGGCAAAUUUACAUUUUUAAAAAUAACUAUAACCUUUGAAAAAGUAUUUCUAAUGGAAAUUCCCUUAAUAAAAGGAAAAAAUUGAAUAUUAGAUUUAGCAUUUUUUAGAUUUCCAUGGGAUAACUCAACUCUGCACAUCUUUUUGUUGCUAUCAUUAAUAUAUAGUUUAAGUUUAUAAGCCCACAAAAAUUGUUAAAAACAAAUUGACAAUUGAUAGCUCUUAAUAGCCACAUAAUGAGGUGAGUUAUUAAAAUUGUUUGAUUCUACAAAAUAUGCUUAUUUGAAAAAAUGGAUUUAGAAGAUUUAAAAAAAUAAUAAAAUGCUUUGUUGUGAUAUAGAAUGUAACUUUGGAAACGAAUCUGCCAAAAAAAUCUUCCAUUAGCUGAAACCUUUGUUAAUAGAAGGCUAGCACUGUUUAGUUUAUACAUAUAUAAACUAAGUGAUUUUAUUCUUUAGGUUUCAGUCAUUGCCAUGAAGCUGAGGAGUUUUGAAGCAUCAAUAGCUGAAUUGUAUUUCUGUUGCUACUCAGUAAAAACAGAAUGGAAAUGAAUUAAAAAAACAACACUUCUAAUCCUUACUGUUUAUUUUUCACACUCAUGUCUUCUUUCGGCAAAAAUGGACCAUAUUUUUACACAUUAAAUCAAACAAUAAAACAUUUAGAGCAUCACUUUAACUUCCAUAUGUAAUGGAGAAGCAACAUUACCAGCCCUGGUUUUAAUCUUUUCUCUCCCUCUGUUCUAGGCCCAAAGAAGAUGUGAAAGAUGACCAUAUGUCAACAGAGUAAAAGUCAAAAUACUGUCAUGUUUUGCUUCUGUUCGAAAAACAUCCUCAUUAGAUCCCUGGUCUGACAUCAUUUGUCCAAAGAUCUCGUCUCUUAGCAAAACAGUUUUUAGAUAUGAAGCUAAUAUAUGACUCAAGUAGCUUUAUUUAAAUUCAUUGUUCCCAGUUUCACUGUUCAUAAAAACAUCAAAAGGCUUCUUUUUACAAGCAAAGUUAAUGUAACAAAAAGGGUCAAAAAGAUCAUGUAUCUAGUACUAAAAUAUUUCUACACAUUUCAAUAUUUUUAUUCUACAAUGUUAAGUAGCUCUUUCUUUAUGUACAAUUAUAUGUAUUAUGCCUAAGUACACAAUUUAAAAAUGUGUAAAAGCUAGUCAUCUAUUUAAAAUAAUUCAGCAAAAAUUUGUUUUCUUUGUGACUUGUUUGUACACAGUGGUGCUGUUAAAUUUAUUGAAUUAUUUUGUAAACUGUCCCAAACCAGUCAAUGGAAAUGUUGAAAUGAAGCUUUUCUUUAAACCAAACCACUUUAAUUAAAACAAGAACUCAAGUUGAUCGUAUUUUGUAACCAAAAAUGCAAAACAAAGACUGCACUCAAAGUGUUGUUGGAAUUUAAUGCAUUUAUUAACAAAGUAUGUCAAUCUUUAUCAAACACAUUUUUCAAUUGAGUUCUGAUUUGCAGGACUUUUUCUGUUCUUAAAACAAUGUUCUAGGUUUCUGUUUAGUCCUUAAAAUAAACCUUUAGAAGUUAAAAUAAUAUUUCUGUGCAGAUGGUUACAUUUAAUAUGAAUGAUAUGUGAGUUUCUGUAAACCUUGUUUAAUAAAAUCACUGGGAUAAACUUCUGUGGUUACUGAUAAA